GUGUAUGCAGUGAUGGCAACUUUGGAGUCGCUGUUGCCCUUCCUGGCUGCUCCACUCUACAAUGUUGUCUACACUGCCACCAUCACUACUCGAGCUGCCACCUACAACUACCUCUCAGCUGGAUUCCACGUCUGCCUUACCCUCUUACUGUUAGAAGUGACGAUGUCAAUGACCAAGGUAACGCAGAUACGACCUUAAAGCCUCGGCCCCUUGCACAGUAGCACCAAUGUACCUCAACUCAAACAAUUACCACUACACUUCCACAGUAGCACCAAUGUACCUCAACUCAAACAAUUACCACUACACUUCCACAGUAGCACCAAUGUACCUCAACUCAAACAAUUACCACUACACUUCCACAGUAGCACCAAUGUACCUCAACUCAAACAAUUACCACUACACUUCCACAGUAGCACCAAUGUACCUCAACUCAAACAAUUACCACUACACUUCCACAGUAGCCCCAAUGUACCUCAACUCAAACAAUUACCACUACACUUCCACAGUAGCACCAUUGCACCACAACUCAAACAAUAACCACUAUACUUCCACAGUAGCACCAAUGUACCUCAACUCAAACAAUUACCACUACACUUCCACAGUAGCACCAAUGUACCUCAACUCAAACAAUUACCACUAUACUUCCACAGUAGCACCAAUGUACCUCAACUCAAACAAUUACCACUACACUUCCACAGUAGCACCAAUGUACCUCAACUCAAACAAUUACCACUACACUUCCACAGUAGCACCAAUGUACCUCAACUCAAACAAUUACCACUACACUUCCACAGUAGCACCAAUGUACCUCAACUCAAACAAUAACCACUAUACUUCCACAGUAGCACCAAUGUACGUCAACUCAAACAAUUACCACUACACUUCCACAGUAGCACCAAUGUACCUCAACUCAAACAAUAACCACUAUACUUCCACAGUAGCACCAAUGUACGUCAACUCAAACAAUUACCACUACACUUCCACAGUAGCACCAAUGUACCUCAACUCAAACAGUUACCACUACACUACCACAGUAGUACCGCAUCGCCAUAAAACUUCCUGUAUACAUUACAAGCGUCAUAUAUGGCUGGAAUGUGUCAUCCAUGGCUGGAGUGUGUCAUAUAUGGCAGGAGUGCAUCAUAUACGGAAAAAAUGUGUCCUGGGCGUCUUUAAGCCUGCAUCAGCCUGGCUCUUGGAUCUGUCUUGUACUCACCGAUUUGUGGUUGCAGGGGUCGAUUCGGAGCCACCUAGGAAGUAGCUAAGCAACUGAAGUUUAUUCUCUAUAAGGGUUACAAUGUGAGGUUUACAGGUCUUGGGUAUUGUGUGGUUUACAUGUUAUAAAAUACUAAUUACAGAGGGGGCCACUAGGACACCUAGCAUUGCUAGGCAUUUCGGGCAGACUUAGAUUAAUUCUUAACAUUAAAUCCUCACAGAUUAUGGUAUUAAGGCUAAGUGACUACAUCAUAAUUUGUGAGUUUAGCAAUGUGAAUGCUUUUGUUUUGGCACAAUACAAUAGUUAGACAACCUAGCAAGUAGCUAGGCUAGGCAACCUAGGAAGUACUUAGGCAACCUAGGAAGUACCUAGGUGACAUAGGAAGUACCUAGGCGACCUAGGAAGUACCUAGGUGACAUAGGAAGUACCUAGGUGACAUAGGAAGUACCUAGGUGACAUAGGAAGUACCUAGGCGACCUAGGAAGUACUUAGGCAACCUAGGAAGUACCUAGGUGACAUAGGAAGUACCUAGGCGACCUAGGAAGUACCUAGGUGACAUAGGAAGUACCUAGGCGACCUAGGAAGUAGAGUUUAAAGUUAUUUGUUGAGAAGCAGUAAAUAAAAAACAAAAACUUUGCAGUUUAA